ACAGGUAUUUUGGGGAAGUGGUAUAUAAGAAAUGGUUGGAAAUCAAAUGACCAUCCAAAGAAGAGCUUAGGCUCUUCAGGAAUGUUCUUGAACUUACUGUGAAAAUGUCUGCUCAUCCUGGAAAUAGCAGCCAGGUCCUUGAUGUGCCUUGCAGCCUGAGUGCCCUCAGAUAUAAGAAGACGGUGAAGACACACAUGUCAGGGGGUGAACAGGCUGAUCCGUUACUGACGUCUGUGAGUAAAAUCAAAGGCACCGACAGCUCCUACGUUAUUUCUGCCUGUAAAAAGACGGGAGAGAUCCCUGCGAGCCCUAACCCUGCGGGCAAAUGGAUGCUCCAGAGGAGAGCCACGAGGCACAAAGAGUCGUCCUUGCUGGGGAGUGAGUUGGGAGACCCCACAGAACAACCAGGAGGAACACGUCUUUCCCUACAGCGUCGGGCCAAGACAGGCUGUGUUGAAAAGCAGAAGGCCGCGCAGAGCGUGAGAGCUGAAGCUGUGGAGGAUCAUGCUCCCGAGGAAGCAGGGACACACGUGGCGAGUGAGCGUAAUGGUCGGACCCCGCUGGACGUGUGCUCUGUGCCUGCAGCCGAAGGCCUGAAAGACCUCCCAGUGACGGCUCCUGAGACACGCCUGGAGCCGCUUUCCGCCCUUGGAGGGGCGAGUGCAGGUGGCUCCCUGAAGUGCCUGGGUGGUGCAGUACCCACUGCCUCCCUGAGCCAGGGUGAUAUUAGGUCAGGGCCCUCUGCAGUGAAGCCCAUUGAGAGCCAGUUGGGCAGCAGAGCAUGGGCAAGUGCUGGGAAGGACGUUGGGAAAAAUUUAAAUAAAUGUGGAAACUUGGAGAAGAAAACACCUACUAAGUGUUUAGCAGAACAUAACUUGACUCCGAAGUGCAGCACGCCUCGGUUCAAGAGCCCAGCUACAGCGAUGCUCAGGACCAGGGCAGCUGGCCUUCCUGCCAACCCAAGGCCAGGAAGUUCCCUGCUGGGCCGUCAAAGGGCAAGGUCACAGGAAAGCACGCUCCCUCCGGAAGAAGACAGUGCAGUGCAGAAUAUGUGUGAGGAGGCAGACACCUUGAAAGUAGAGAACAGUCAAGUGACAGUGGCAGUCCGCGUGAGACCCUUCAGCAAGAGAGAAAAGAUUGAAAAUGCAUCCCAGGUGGUCUUCCUGAACGGGGAUGAAAUCUGCGUGGAGUACCCUGACAUGAAACAAGCGCACACGUUCACCUAUGCCCUGUCCUUCUGGUCCUUUGACGAAUCUCAUCCGCGCUAUGCCAGCCAGGCUACCGUCUACGAGGUGCUAGCAGCGCCUCUCCUAGAGAGAGCUUUCGAAGGCUACAACACCUGUCUCUUUGCCUACGGUCAGACUGGCUCUGGGAAAUCCUACACGAUGAUGGGAUUUAGUGAAGAGCCAGGAAUAAUCCCAAGAUUUUGUGAAGAUCUUUUUGCUCAAGUAGGCAAAAAACAAACCCAAGAGGUCAGCUAUCACCUGGAGAUGAGCUUCUUUGAAGUAUAUAAUGAAAAAAUUCACGAUCUUCUGGUUGGUAAAGGUGAAAACGGGCAAAGAAAGCAGCCGCUGAGGGUGAGGGAGCAUCCGAUUUCCGGGCCGUACGUGGAAGCGCUGUCAAUGAAUGUUGUUAAUUCUUACUCUGAUAUCAAGAGUUGGCUGGAGCUGGGAAACAAGCAGCGGGCGACGGCCGCCACGGGGAUGAAUGAUAAAAGCUCACGCUCGCAUUCAGUGUUCACCCUGGUGAUGACCCAGACCAAGACAGAGCUUGUAGAGGGGGAGGAGCAUGAGCACAGGAUCACGAGCCGCAUCAACCUCAUCGACCUGGCGGGCAGCGAGCGCUCCGGCGCGGCUCACACCACUGGGGACCGACUCAAGGAAGGCGUGAGUAUUAACAAGUCCUUGCUCACGCUGGGAAAGGUCAUAUCUGCCCUCUCGGAGCAAGCCAACCACAGGAGGCUCUUCAUUCCUUACCGCGAGUCUGUGCUCACGUGGCUACUGAAAGAAAGUCUGGGUGGAAAUUCAAAAACUGCAAUGAUUGCGACAGUCAGUCCUGCUGCUAGCAGCAUAGAAGAAACGUUAAGUACACUGAGAUACGCCAGCCAAGCUCGUCUGAUAGUCAACAUUGCCAAAGUGAAUGAAGACAUGAACGCUAAGUUAAUUAGAGAAUUGAAAGCAGAAAUUGAAAAGCUAAAAGCCGCCCAGAGAAACAGUCGGAACAUUGACCCUGAAAGAUACAGGUCCUGUCGGCAAGAAAUAACAUCCCUGAGAAUGAAGCUGCAUCAGCAGGAGAGAGACAUGGUGGAAAUGCAGAGAGCAUGGAAAGAAAAGUUUGAACAGGCUGAAAAGAGAAAACAUCAAGAAACAAGGGAGUUACAGAAAGCGGGAGUUACGUUUCAAAUGGACAAUCAUUUGCCAAACCUUGUCAAUCUCAAUGAAGACCCACAGCUAUCAGAGAUGCUGCUAUACAUGAUCAAAGAAGGAACAACUACGGUUGGAAAGUAUAAACCCAACUCGAGCCACGAUAUUCAGUUGUCUGGGGUCCUGAUUGCUGACGAUCACUGUACUAUCAAAAAUUUUGCUGGGACAGUGAACAUUAUUCCAGUUGGAGAAGCAAAGACAUACGUAAAUGGAAAACACAUUUUGGAACCCACAGUAUUACAUCAUGGUGAUCGGGUGAUUCUUGGUGGAGAGCAUUAUUUUAGAUUUAAUCAUCCAGUAGAAGUCGAGAAAGGGAGAAGAACCCCUGGCAGAGACACUCUGACAAGUGAGGGGCCAAAGGACUUUGAAUUUGCAAAAAAUGAGUUGCUUGUAGCACAGAGAUCACAACUCGAAGCUGAAAUAAAAGAGGCACAGUUGAAAGCAAAGGAAGAAAUGAUGCAGGGAAUCCAGAUCGCUAAGGAAAUGGCUCAGCGGGAGCUUUCUUCCCAGAAGGCUGCGUAUGAAAGCAAAAUCCAAGCCCUGGAAGCAGAGCUGAAGGAAGAGUCUCAAAGGAAGAAAGUGCAGGAGUUACACACACAGGAGGCCAAUCACAGGAUUGCCGAGCUGGAAGAGAUGAAGCAGCGCCUGGAGCAGGAGGUGCGCGUCCGCUCCCGGCGCCUGGAGAUGGAGGCCCUGGCGGCCAAGCAGGCUCUGGAAGAUCACAGCGUCCGCCACACUCGGAUCCUGGAAGCUUUAGAGAUGGAAAAGCAAAAAAUUGCUAAAGAAGUACAAAUUCUACAGCAGAAUCGGAGUAACAGAGAUAAAACAUUUACAAUCCAGCCGAACUGGAGUUCCUUGAAACUCUCCAUGAUGAUUCAGGAAGCCAAUGCCAUCAGCAGCAAGUUUAAAAAAUGUUACGUUUUUGGCAGACAUGAUGUGUCCAAUAAAGGUCAUGUGGAUACUUCCAUUCGGGUUCAAAACUUAAAACUAGGGAUCUCGACUUUCUGGAGUCUGGAAAAAUUUGAGUCUAAACUUGCAGCAAUGAAGGAACUCUAUGAGAGUAAUGGUAAUAGCAAGGGUGAAGAUAUCUUUUGUGAUCCUGAAGAUGAAUGGGAGCCUGACAUUACAGAUGCACCUGUUUCUUCAUUGUCUCGAAGGAGGAGCAGGAGUUUGAUGAAAAAUAGAAGAAUUUCUGGUUGUUUACAUGACAUUCAAGUCCACCCAGCUCAGAAUUUGCGUUCUUCACAUUCUUCAGGCUUGAUGGAGAAAUCCAGCACCAUUUGUUCCAAGUCUGCAGAAUCAUUUCUUCCUGGAAUUUGUAAGGAUUUGAUUGGUUCAUCACUCGAUCUUCUUGGGAAGAGUUACGAUGAAGAGAAAGCUCUGGCAGAUAAUCUGGUGGAUAAUUUUCUUAUCAUCUAUGAUGGGCUGUUUGCCAUUUCCAAAGCUCAUGAAGAACAAGAUGAAGAAAGUCAAGAUAACUUGUUCUCUUCUGACAGAGCCGUCCAGUCACUUACCAUCCGGAUCGCAUGUGCUUUUGAGCAGCUUGUGGUGCUAAUCAGACACUGGCUCAGUGAGUUUCCACCUUGUGCUAGUAAAGAAAGACUUGAAGAUGAAUUCAGACAAGAAGUUAAAAAACUGGGAGGCUACUUACAGUUAUUUUUGCAGGGAUGCUGUUCUGAUAUUUCAUCAAUGGUAAAAGAGACUCAAAAGAAAGUGAUCCAAAUUGUCCAUCAAGCUGUAAAGUAUGUGGGCCAGUUAGCAGUUCUCAGUGGGAGCAAGCUGUAUUUUCUGGAAAACAUUGACAACAAGGCCACCAAUGUUCAGGAAGAAUUUGUGGAUGCUGUUUGUGAUGGCAUAGGCUUAGGAAUGAAGGGUCUAUUAGAUGCUGGAUGGGCUAAAGCAGAAGAGCUUCAGCAUGAACUCUUAAGGCAAUGCACGCACAAUGAGGCUAGCAGUCAGAUGAAGGAGAAUGCCGUUGGGCUGGUGAGUGCUCUUGAAGACAUCUUUACUGAGUGGAAAAAAGUGCAAGAAGAAGAUUCUGGAUCCCACGAUCCCAGGAAGAUGAUUCAUCUCGCCCCGGAGGUCUUGAAGUUAAUACAUUGCCUAGAGAAAACAAUUCAAAUUAUUAUAUCUGCACUGAAAGGAUGCUACGACGAUGUGAAUGUUGUCAAGAACUGCGUUGGGAGUAUUUGCACAUUGGCCAGGGAGGUUCAUGGCGACCUCAGUGUGCCCUCUACACCUGCGACGUGCUCUGGGGAUGCAGUGCCACACGUCGCCCACAGGAGACUUCAAUCUCUAGCUGAGUCCCUCCUGCAGUGUUUUGGAUCCAAAGAAGGACCCAAGUUACUGGAACCCUGGGAAAGUUAUAAUCAGAAUACUAGAGGAGGAGAAGCCAGAGAACAGCCUGGAUGGAGCAGGACUGAUUGUAGCAGUCGAGGGGUGCCCAAGCGUGUCUAUGAGCUCCAUAGCUUGACCGCAGCUGUGAGCUCAGAGGAGUGCCUGCCCAGCAGGAUUCAGUGGGUGUGAGUGCUGGUAUAGAGGCACUUUAUGACUACCCAUGGGAGGAAUCGAACACUUGGUGUGCAGGAAAGCACAAGAAGAAAUCAGCGUGCAUGCUUCAGAGAAGUCCGUGUCUGAGUGGCCCCGCAGAGGGCGUCGGCAGUGGAAGCCCCGUGGAACCCUGGUUUCCAA